GCCGCCCCCUCGUCCGCGCCGUCCGCCGCUCGGCCCCGCAGCUCCUCCGCGGAUUUUCUGGUGUGCCGACCCUUCAGGCCUCUUCCCCUUUCGGCUUUGUAGCUGGCGUUACUGUCCAUGCAAACUGACAGCGUCUCCAUUUGUGUCAACCUUCCUGAGUUCCCUUAGCAAGUCACAGGCAGCUCCAGGCUAACCACAGCACGUGAGAUUUCUUGUCCGGUAGCAGACAAAGAGCGAGCUACGGUUGCUGCAGAGGUAAAGUUAAAGCCAUGGCACUGAAACAGGUUUCCAGCAACAAAUGCUUUGAGGGUUUCCAGAAGGUGUUUGAACAUGACAGUGCAGAGCUAAAAUGCAAAAUGAAAUUUGGAAUCUACUUGCCUCCAAAAGCAGAAACUGGAAAGUGUCCUGUGCUGUAUUGGCUCUCGGGGUUAACUUGCACAGAACAGAAUUUUAUAACGAAAGCUGGUUUUCAUCAAGCUGCAGCUGAACAUGGCCUCAUUGUAGUCGCGCCAGACACAAGCCCACGUGGCUGCAAUAUUGAAGGAGAAGAUGAAAGCUGGGAUUUUGGCACCGGUGCUGGUUUUUAUGUGGAUGCCACUGAAGAUCCUUGGAAAACAAACUAUAGGAUGUAUUCCUACAUUAAGGAUGAGCUGCCUAAACUAAUAAAUGCCAAUUUUCCAACUGACCCUGAACGGAUGUCUAUUUUUGGGCAUUCCAUGGGAGGUCAUGGAGCUCUUAUUCUUGCUCUGAAGAAUCCUGGAAAGUACAAAUCCGUAUCGGCAUUUGCUCCUAUCUGCAACCCAAUUCAGUGUCAGUGGGGGAAGAAAGCCCUUGGUGGAUAUCUGGGAUCAGAUGUAAGCAAAUGGGAGGCGUAUGAUGCUACACAACUUGUGAAGUCCUAUCCAGACUCUCACCUGGACAUCUUGAUUGAUCAAGGCAAAGACGACCAGUUUCUGUCAGCAGGCCAGUUACUGCCUGAUAACUUCAUCGCUGCCUGCACAGAGCGGAAAAUCCCGGUCGUCUUUAGACUGCAGCAGGGUUACGAUCACAGCUAUUUUUUCAUUGCUACAUUUAUUAAUGACCACAUCAAACACCAUGCAAAAUACCUCAACGCUUGAACCAUUUGGAUGCGAGCGUCGUCUGUCCAAUAUGAAUCAAGGGAUAGAGGUGAACUAAACAAAAAUCAUUUGCUGAAGUAGUGUCUGUAAAAUGGAGCUCUUCUGAUUGUACUGCUAAGAAAAAUAAAAGUCCCACUUAAUUUGA